GUGGGACUCGACGAAUCGAAUCUACCUGAACCAGCCUCCUCGUUCCUCUAUGUGGCCUAUUUCUUUCUUUCUGGUGUCUAAUUACGUCCUAAUCGAGCCUGGGCUUUGGUUCAAUAAUAGCGUUUACGCGAUCGGCGUCCUCAGUUUUGCGUUAGACCGCAGAACCCGACACUCUAUGACUGACUGCUUGCUUCGGAUAAGACUGGUACUCUAAUUGUAGAGUAACGAGUUACCAUACUUGACGAAUCUCGACGCCUGUGUAGCAUGGAAGAACUUGUACUGAGGAGCACUCCAGUUCCAGUUCGAGGCAACUGUAUCCGUCAAUCUGCUUUCUCCGUUCUGUGCAGUCGAAUUUGCAAUAGAGAAUGAACUCCUGAUCAUCUCAUUCGCUCCUACACCGAACUUUGUGUGCUUUCUUCAAUACAUUUUUUUGUUCUGUGCGGCGGAACGUAAAAGACGUGCCUCGCCUCAGCACCCACACUGGCAGCCUUCUGAACAAACUGGACUUACACCGGGCGUAGAUAUUCAUACGACUAUUUUUGCGAUGCUCUAUAGACGUUCUCGUAAAAUUUCUCUUACGACAUCGGCUCACGUUGAGGUGUUAAGACUCACAUACACCGAACGCCCUUAUAUAAAAACGUUCUCGUCUGGUGCUUCGGCAGGUCCACUUAAGCCUCCACUCUCUAUCACUUGGUACCGUCAGUCAUGGUGCAGCUUGAUGAAGUGGACAUCAUUAUAUGCGGGUACGUCGCACGCCUUUAUGCAGUGAAUUGACUGGUUGUCCUUGCCCUAGCGGUGGCGCUGCUGGAUGCGUCGUGGCAGGACGCCUUGCGUAUGCCGAUCCUUCACUUCAGGUCGUGUUGAUUGAAGGGGGAAACAACAACCGCGAUGACCCAUGGGUUUACCGGCCUGGUAUUCAUGCGAGGAAUACGCAGUUUGACGGAAUAAACGACAUGGCUACUUUCUAUACUGACACACUACCGUCGAAGCACCUUCGCGGUCGUCAGAGUAUCGUCCCCUGCGCUAACAUUCUCGGUGGUGGAAGCAGUAUUAACACCAUGGUCUACACAAGGGCGUCCGCAUCAGACUACGAUGACUUCAAAACGGAGGGUUGGACUGCGAAUGACCUGAUGCCUCUCAUGAAACGUAUCGAGAAUUAUCAGAAGCCAUGCAACAAUGACACGCACGGCUAUGACGGGCCGAUCGCGAUCAGUAAUGGUGGCCAGAUCAAUCCUCUUGCGUACGAUUUUCUCCGUGCUGCGGAUGCAGUUGGAGUUCCGAUCACUGAUGAUCUACAAGACUUGAACACUAGCCAUGCUUCGGAAGUCUGGGCGAAAUAUAUCAAUAGAGAGACUGGAAGGCGAAGUGAUGCCGCAACCGCAUAUGUCCACAGUGUCAUGGAUGUACAAACUAACCUUCACCUCCGAACAAACUCAAAAGUCUCCAGAGUCAUCUUUGAGGGAAAUAAAGCUGUUGGAGUCGCCUAUAUUCACGCCAGCAAUCGCGCUCACAAGGGUGAAGUUCGGGAGACGAUCGUCCGUGCAAGGAAGAUGGUUGUAUUGAGUUCAGGCUCUCUCGGAAAUCCUCAGAUCCUCGAACGCUCGGGCGUUGGCAAUUCCAGAAUUCUCCAGGGCCUGGAUGUCAAAGUUGUGAGCGACCUUCCAGGAGUCGGAGAGCAUUACCAGGAUCACUCUAUGACUGUAUUCAUUUUCCGGGCAUCGAUUGAGACUGAGACGGCCGAUGACUUCAUGAGAGGCGACGAAGCGACCCAAGAGAAGCUGUUUACUCAAUGGGAUGUUAAUCCUGGGGCAGCCGUCCUUUCUGGAAAUUCUCCCGAUGCUGGUUUUAAAAUUCGUCCAACUGAGGAAGAACUGAAGGAAAUGGGCACUGAGUUCAAUGAACGCUGGAACCAGUAUUUUAAGGACAAACCCGACAAACCAAUUAUGUACGGACUCCUCUGCGCGGGAGCUUAUGCAGACCAUUCUCUGUUGCCGCCCGGGAAAUAUUUCUCGAUAAUUUCGUACCUGGAAUACCCUGCCAGUCGUGGAAAGAUCCAUAUCCAGUCGACGAACCCGUACAAGGAACCUUUCUUCGACAGCGGAUUCAUGAAUGACAAGGCCGAUUUUGCCCCCAUUCGCUGGAGUUACAAGAAGACUCGUGAGGUUGCAAGGAGGAUGAAUGCGUUCCGUGGUGAACUCACGUCACACCACCCUCACUUUCAUCCAGUUUCACCAGCUGCAGCUAGGGAUCUCGACAUCAUGACUGCGAAGCAGAUCCUUCCGAAAUCGCUUUCUGUUGGAAUUCGCCAUGGAACGUGGCACCGGCAGUCUGAGCCUUAUAACCCGAAGAAGGUUCAUGAGGAUAUCAAGUAUACUGCAGGGGAUGACAAAGCCAUCGAUGAUUGGAUCGCCGACCACGUCGAAACGACAUGGCACUCUCUCGGUACUUGCGCCAUGAAGCUACAUGAGCAAGGCGGUGUCGUGGACAAACGUCUCAGCGUCUACGGUACCGGGAACUUGAAAUGUGUUGACUUGAGCAUAUGCCCGGAUAACUUGGGAACGAACACGUACUCAGCUGCCUUGCUCAUUGGUGAGAAGGGUGCUGACCUCAUCGCUGAAGAACUCGGUCUCAAGCUGAGACUGCCGCACGCCCAGAUCCCUCAUGCUCCCGUCCCUUCUGGUAGACCCGAAACGAUCGCGUUUCGCCUGCGCUAA